UAGAUUUUUGAUAAGUUCCGAUUUCCGAUGCAUGUGUCAUGUAUUUACAUACAUACAUACAUACAUAUUGGAUUGGAUCGCACUGUCAUAGAAAUUAUUCGGAAGUAUACCAGAAGUUCAUUAAAACGCAAUUUAUUUUUACAAACGUAUUACAGACGAACAAUUAUUUCUACCGAUUAAGAAAAUGGCUCUAACCAAUAUUUUGCUGCUUAGUCAAAUAUCUGGAUAUAUUGUAGCCUUCAUUUUAUCACUUUGCAUUAUCAUACCUAUGGGUUUGCAUCAAGAUGAAUUUAGGGGUCAUUGUCUACUAUUCUCGACAGGAACAUGGCAAGAAUCAGAUGGGCAAUUUGUUGUAAAUUGGGCCUCGCAGGCUUAUUGUAAUUAUACAAUAUUUGUUGGUUUGCUGUUGCUUUUAACAUCUGCUGUACAAAUCUAUAGAUUAUCUGUAUUGAUGUAUCACGGUGAAGACAGCUCUUUCUUAUCAGCAUUCAUAGAUGUUGUUAGUUCAAUAGUAUUUACAGCAAUAACUUUAAUUGCUGCAAUUAUUGUCACGCUUGGAUUUAUGACUUGGUGUCAAAAUAUGACAAAGAGAUUUCCUUCGUGUGAAUUGGCAGCUGGAAAUGACAUUGAUAAAGCUGAUGGAAUAGACACAUCUGGUUUUCACAUAGAGUUAGGUGCUGCUCAGUUUGGAACAUGGACUAGUUUAUCUAUUUGGGUUGGUUUGUCAGUUUUUGCAGUCUUAAAGUUGCUACGAUAUCAUCAAUUGGAAAAUAUGAAAGUUUCGAUGUACAGAGAAAGGCAAAGAUUGAUAGAAGCAGCUAGAAGUAACGAAAUACAAGAAGUAAAUUAGGAGAAUAUAUAUAUAUUGUAAGAAUCUAAAAAAUGCCAAUGUUUCAAUUAUAUUAUUGAAACUCUGUAAAGAAAUGUUUGUACACUAAAAAAAAUCAGUUUUGCAAGCAUGCAGUUUCCAUUUCAUGUAAUUAAUACAAUAUAAAUUGAUUCGAAACGAUUUUCUAUCAAAAGGUAUGGAACAAGAAAGAAAAGUUAUGAACUUAUGAAGUUUUUCGAGAUUAAAGGGCAGAAUCUUAAAAUAAGUUUUUCUUUGUUCAAAUUUUAAUAUGUUAUAUAGUUUUUAAAUUUUACACAUAUCACAAGACUGGAUAAAAUAGUUACUUAUAUGCUUUAUAAUUAAUACAUACUCUAUUAAUAUAUACUCUAAUAGAAGA